CGCGAAAAGCUCCCCGCGAGAGCACGAGCCAUCCACGUCCCCAGUCCCCACACACGCACCAGCAGAACCCAGCGCAACCGAUGGCGUCGCUCACCAUGAUGGCGUCCUUCGCGGCCGUGGCGGCGGCCGCGCCCUCCCGCCGCGGCAGCUUCGCCGUGGCCAGGGCCGCCAGGGUCGACCGCUGCCAGCAGGAGCCCGCUGCGAGGCUGGCGGCCGAGGAGGCCGAGGCCCGGCCCGCCGAGGGCCGCCGCGCCGUGAUGCUGGCGGCGGCGGCCGCGUGCGUCGCGGCCAUCGGCGGCGCCGGCGCCGCCAUGGCGGGCCCCAAGAACGGGACCCCCGAGGCGAAGAAGAAGUACGCGCCCAUCUGCGUCACCAUGCCCACCGCCAAGGUCUGCCACAACUGAUGAGAGAUCGAGCACGCUGCAGGCAGGGGGCGUGCGGGGGGUUGUGCGUGUGGUAUAUAAUGCAUGCUAUGCGUCCGGUUUGUCUCACCUUGUUGAUUCGAGCUUUAGAUGAGACGGUCGCCAUGGACGGUCUCAAAGUUGUAAUAUUAUUGCAAAUUCGAGGAUAAAACCGUUCUUGUUUCGUUACAUGAGA